AUGACUCAUCAACCAUACUUAAGUCUCUCCAAAUUAAAGAGUUCUCACUCUCAUCACGGUUACCAUAAGAAGCUGAUAUUACAGCUUGAUGAAGAUGACUAAUAACAUAUGCCAAUGUUUCAUCAAAAUACGAGCAAGAGUAGACAUCUCGAAAAGGGAACCCUCUCGAGGUCGAAAAUUCAGAAUAUUGCUUAAUUAUAAGACAUGUUUAAGCAAUUCAAGCAUUUUAAAUGCUCUCUUCAAGCAUAGUCUCCAGUGAUUCAGAUGAUGAAAUCAAGUCAGAUCUCAAAGAAACCUCAAUCCUAAUCGAAGAGUACAUUGGAUGCAAAAGAGGUAUCAUUUGAGGACAAACAGAAAAUGAUGAUUUAAACACGCAAGACUAUGUAUCGAAUAGUGAUGGAUAAUAAGUUGCGAAGUUAAUCAAUAAAGGAUUAUGGAUUUAAUUUGAGACCUCUGUUCAACCAAGUGAUAGAAAAAAACGAUAGUGUUUUAGAAUAGAAGAUUCAGGAACAAAGACAAGAAAAGAGGAAAUCUGACUUGUUUUCACGCAGCCCCUUCUCGAAUGCUUACUAUGCAACCAAGGCUCUUUCUAAGAGAUCUCGCAUGAAUGUGUACGAACGUCUAGCACAAAAUCUGCCUGCUGAUUCACGAUUCCACUACGAAUGA